AUGAGAAUUUCAAAGGUGUUUUAUUUUUUUAAUUUUCUUUUAGUUACCCAUUUAUUAAUACCAUAUUUAUCAAAAAAAAAUGAGAAUCUUAAAGGUUUAAAUUCAUUAAAGGAUGUUGAAGAAGAAUUAGAAAGAAGGGAGAAAAAAAAAAAAAAAAUAAUUUUAUAUUCUACUUUAGCAUCAGCAUUAGCAUUAGCUACAGUUGUAGCUAUAGGAUUAGGAAUUUAUUCUCACGAGAGAAAGAAAGGGAGAGAUCUUAAACCUCUAGAUAAAGAAUUUUUCGAAAAAGAGGGAGAUGAUGAAAAACCUAAGAAACCUUAUUUUCCUAGAUGGGUAUCAAAAGAAUCAAAAUCUGUUAAACUGGAAGGAGAUACAUCACCAAAAAGUUAUAAAAAAAAAUAUAAGCAUCCACCUAAAGAAAAACCAAGAACUUCCAAAACUGUCACAGAACCAAAAUCAAGGAAAUACAUAAAGUUAGCACCAACUUUUACAAUACCCGAAUCUAUAAUAUUACCAGAACCCAUAACAUCUCCAGAACCUACUAAAUUUCCAGAACCUCCUGAACUACCCGAAUCUUUAAUAUUACCAGAACCUCCUAAAAUACCCGAAUCUUUAAUAUUACCAGAACCUCCUAAAAUACCUGAGUCUCUUAAAUUACCAGAACCUCCUAAAAUACCCGAAUCUUUAAUAUUACCAGAACCUCCUAAAAUACCCAAAUCUUUAAUAUUACCAGAACCUCCUAAAAUACCCAAAUCUUUAAUAUUACCAGAACCUCCUAAAAUACCCAAAUCUUUAAUAUUACCAGAACCUCCUAAAAUACCCAAAUCUUUAAUAUUACCAGAACCUCCUAAAAUACCCAAAUCUUUAAUAUUACCAGAACCUCCUAAAAUACCCAAAUCUUUAAUAUUACCAGAACCUCCUAAAAUACCCAAAUCUUUAAUAUUACCAGAACCUCCUAAAAUACCCAAAUCUUUAAUAUUACCAGAACCUCCUAAAAUACCCAAAUCUUUAAUAUUACCAGAACCUCCUAAAAUACCCAAAUCUUUAAUAUUACCAGAACCUCCUAAAAUACCCAAAUCUUUAAUAUUACCAGAACCUCCUAAAAUACCCGAAUCUAUAAUAUUACCAGAACCUCCUAAAAUACCCAAAUCUUUUUUUUUUUUUUUUUUUUUGCAUUUCAAUUUUUUUUUUUUUUUUUUUUAA